UUUGUCCAAUGUUCAGCAACUCCCAGUCCCAGAAUGCUUCAGUAUGCUUGCCUAGCCUUCUCCAACAAUGCAGCUCAAUGUAAAAUUGAUCGUGCACACAGGGGGAUCUAGAUCUAGCUAGCUACGCGUACAUGGUUACAUUAAACACCGAGCAUGCCAUUUUGUUAUCACCUUGCAUAACGUGACAUAUAUUUUGAAGCCUUUUGAAGGUUUUUAUUUGGAGACAUUUCGGAGCUUCAUACCGGGUCUUGUUAUUCAACAUUGGAGGAGAAUUUGGAGGCCUUUCAUUCUUUGACGGACCUAGAAGAAAUGGGCACAACCAGGGCAGUAGCAGCUGACCCAUGAUGCCACACUGCAGGACUGUGACCAGCCAUGCCCUCCUCCCCAACGUUUACCAUAAGGGGCUCCUCUCCACCCGACAGUUUGCUCACAUAGGCCAGAAAUACAACUACACCAUACAAGAGGAACGAUGGCAAGGACUUGUUUGAACUAUGGCAUGCCAGCAAGACAAAGGUCCCCAACAUCUGAUACCAAAAGGAAAACCACGAUCAGGUAGAUCCACUCAGAUGACAUUUUAUGAGGACAAAACAAGUCGAUUUAACAAUUAUGAUGGUUUAGCGGCUUCACUGUUUCACCAUGUUGACGAGGUUGCACCAUGGCUGCUGAUCCCUGUAGACUAGUAGAGACUCCGGCGCUGAGCUAAGCCCAGUGACCCUAACCCAUGAUGCAGCGUAACGGUGGCGGGGUGGGGCCCGGCGGCCAGCCGUGGCUGCUGCGGCGCGUACGCCUCACCUGGCUCAGCUUCAUGCUCUUCUUCAUCCUGGUUUUCUUCCCACUCAUUGCCCACUACUACCUCACCACCAUCGACGAGGCAGGCGGCCCCGACAAGCGCAUCUUCGGCCCGCGGCCUGGCGGCGAACUGUGCGAGACCAAGCACGUGCAAGACCUGUGCCGCAUCCGUGAGUCAGUCAGUGAGGAGCUGCUACAGCUGGAGGCAAAGCGUCAGGAGCUGAACGGGGAGAUCUCCCGGCUCAACCUGCGCAUCGAGGCGUGCAAGCGGAGCAUCGACAGUGCCAAGCAGGACCUGCUGCAGCUGAAGAAUGUCAUCAGCCAGACGGAGCACUCGUACAAAGAGCUGAUGGCCCAGAACCAGCCCAAGCUUUCUCUGCCCGUGAGGUUAUUACCUGACAAGGAUGACCCAGGCCUGCCCCCGCCCAAGUCUGCCCGUGCCUGCCGCCUGCGCUCCUGCUUCGACUACGCCCGCUGCCCGUUGACCUCUGGCUUCCCUGUGUACGUCUAUGACACGGCCUCCUACCCCUGGGGCGAGUCUCUGGACCCAUUGGUCAAGCAGGCUUUCGCCACCUCGGUAAAGAGCAGCAUCUAUGUGACGAACAACCCCAGCAUCGCCUGUCUGUAUGUGGUGCUGGUUGGGGAGCUGCAGGAGACUCCCUCCUCCCCACUCCCGGCUUCCUUGGAGCUGGAGAAGCAGCUGAAGGCUCUACCCUACUGGAGGUCUGAUGGACACAACCACCUCCUGGUCCAUCUUUCCAGGAAGUCCAUGACGCAGAACUUCCUGUACAAUGUGAGCACGGGCCGAGCGGCAGUGGCCCAGUCUACCUUCCUGGAGCAGCAGUACCGCGAGGGCUUUGACUUGGUGGUGUCCCCGCUGGUCCACGCCCUCUCUGAGCCCAACUUCCUGGAGGUGCCGCCCCAGGUGCCCGUCAAGAGGAAGUACCUGUUCACCUUCCAGGGCGAAAAGGUGGAGUCUCUGCGAAGUAGCCUGCAGGAGGGACCGCACCAGUCCUUUGAGGAGGAGAUGGAGGGAGAUGCGCCAGCCGACUACGAUGACCGCAUCAUCGGCACGCUCAAGGCGGUUCAGGACAGCCGCCUGGACCAGGUGCUGGUGGAGUUCACCUGUAAGAGCCCGCGGCCCAGCCUGCCUACCGAGUGGGCUCUGUGUGGCGAGAGGGAGGAGCGGCUCGAGGUCCUCAAGGCCUCCACUUUCGCCCUGGUCAUCUCCCCUGGGGACUGUCAGCUGGUGGCCUCUGCAGGCAGUAGCAUGAGGCUGUUUGAAGCCCUAGAGGUGGGGGCCAUCCCUGUGGUGCUUGGGGACCACGCUAGGCUGCCCUACCAUGAGCUGAUCCGCUGGAGCGAGGCAGCCAUCAUGGUGCCUAAGCCCCGCAUCACCGAGCUGCAUUUCCUGCUGCGUAGCCUAUCAGACAACGACCUGCUGGCCAUGCGACGACAGGGCCGCUUCCUGUGGGAGACCUACUUCUCCACCUCGGAGAAUGUACUGGGAACCAUCCUGGCCAGCGUCCGGACCAGCAUCCAGGUGCCUGCCGCACCCAUCCGCGAAGAGCCCGCCCAGGAGAUCCCCCACAAAGCAGGCAAGAUGGCCGGCACGGACGCCAACCUGGCCGACAACGGUGACCUGGACCUGGGCCCCGUGGAGACGGAGCCACCCUACGCCUCGCCGCGCUUCCUCCGCAACUUUACCUACACGUCAGCCAACACCUACCAGACCUGGAACCGUGCCCCGGGGCCUUUCCAUCUGUUCCCCCACACGCCGCUGGACCCCGUGCUGCCCUCGGAGGCCAAGUUCCUGGGCUCGGGCACGGGCUUCCGCCCCAUUGGCGGCGGUGCUGGGGGCUCGGGGAAGGAGUUUCAGGCAGCGCUGGGUGGUAACGUGCCCCGGGAGCAGUUCACGGUGGUCAUGCUGACCUACGAGAGGGAGGAGGUGCUAAUGAACUCCCUGGAAAGGCUCAACGGGUUGCCCUACCUCAACAAGGUGGUGGUGGUGUGGAACUCCCCCAAGCCUCCUUCAGACGACCUGCUGUGGCCAGACAUUGGCCUGCCCAUCGUGGUGGUGCGCACGGAGAAGAACAGCCUCAACAACCGCUUCCUGCCCUGGGACGCCGUGGAGACGGAGGCCAUCUUGUCCAUCGACGACGACGCCCACCUCCGCCAUGACGAGAUUAUGUUUGGGUUCAGGGUGUGGCGGGAGGCCAGGGACCGCAUUGUGGGCUUCCCCGGGAGGUUCCAUGCCUGGGACGUCAACCACCAGUCAUGGCUCUACAACUCUAACUACUCCUGUGAACUGUCCAUGGUGCUGACGGGCGCCGCCUUCUUUCACAAGUACUACGCGUACCUGUACUCGUAUGUGAUGCCUCAGGCCAUCCGCGACAUGGUGGACGAGUACAUCAACUGCGAGGAUAUCGCCAUGAACUUCCUGGUGUCACACAUCACCCGAAAGCCCCCUAUCAAGGUGACGUCUCGUUGGACCUUCCGCUGCCCCGGCUGCCCGCAGGCCCUGUCGCACGACGACUCUCACUUCCACGAGCGCCACAAGUGCAUCAACUUCUUUGUCAAGGUGUACGGCUACAUGCCCUUACUCUACACACAGUUCCGCGUGGACUCUGUGCUCUUCAAGACACGUCUGCCCCACGACAAGACUAAGUGCUUCAAGUUCAUCUAGCCCAGGGCUAGGCCCAGCUAAGGAAGUUGGGCAGAACGGAGCAAGAGAAUGAGGAACUCGGGUAAAACGGAAGAAAGGCGGAAGAGGGAGAAGAGAGGGCUGGUUCUGAGAUGGAUGGAAGUUUGGGGGUGAGGGCCUACACCUAAGAAUUGGAUCUAGGAUGUACAAUAACAACCCUCUCCAGUUAAUUGGCUGAACCCCCUCAGAGCCGCCCCCCCACACCUUUACUGGAACCCCUGAUAGGCUGGAAGCAGAGAAGGGCCGCUGCCAAUCAAAAAGCCUUUUCAUUUGUUUUCUGUCCUCAUGUCAUCUGUGUGUUUUAUCAGCAACCACUACAGAUUCAAUUUUUUGCGCCACUUUUUAUGGGCACGAGGGGUGGUAACACUGCCUACCCAAGGACUUAACUUGACUCUCAGAGCCAAACUCAAACUGACAAUGUAAACGACUGGUUUUAAACUGACACAGGGAGAGCGAGACCGAGAGACAGUGGACUGUCGCAGUGGGUCCUGAGCUCCUGAAUCGCUAGCUAGACAUGUAACCUUUUGGGAGAGAAACAAAGGGGCAAAGGCAUAUACGGUUUGUCAUUGCACUCAUUUCUUUAUUUUAUUAUUUUUUUUACUCAUUUUACAUUUAUAUACUCUACUCUUGUAUAUGAAACGGCGAGAGAAGCACUGAUGGUCGCAGAAGUAUUUUUUUUCGGUGAUCUUGUUUUUUUGUUAGUUUUUUUACGUGGUGUUUAAUUUUGUAAAUCUCAAUCUCGACGUGGGAUUAUCAGUCAACAAGACCCUCUUGUCGUUGGCAGACCCAUAGAAAUAGAAUUACUAGAAUGGGCAAAGCCCCUCAGACCAUGGCAUUCUCAGAGUAGAUUUUGUUUCUAUGGGCAGACCGGAGCUAACUCCAGGCAGAGUCCCGUUUGUCACUCUGCCUCUCAAUGACUACAGAUGGAGACUAAAGAACAGGAUUUUUAGGCCACAAGUUCUAUAUAUUUAUCCCCUCCCCUGAAAAAAAGCAGACUACAAUGGUUUUACGCUGGACCGAAACACUUACUAGGCCCUGUUGUUUUCAGAAUGGUUGUCACCAGCCGUCACUGAGCGUUUACACGGCUUUUUGUGACUUUUUGGAUCUUGGUGGUAUUAGGCUACCUAUCAAUGGUCGGCGUUAAAUGACGGGGUAGUCGUUCCUAUAUUGUCCUCUAAUGAAGUGUUCAGUAAUGGAGGAGGGUGAACUCUUGCCCCUAGAUUCUGAUAUUGGGUCAGUUUUGCAUUUCCCCCACCAAUGGUUAAAGGCCCAGUGCAGUCAAAACCGUUGAUUUUUGUGUUUUAUCAUGUAUUUCCACACUGUGAGGUUGGAAUAAUACUGUGAAAUUCUGAAAAUGGUGACGCCUUUUUUUAGUGUAAGAGCUGUUUGAAAAGACAGACAAUUCAGCCUGUUUUGGUGGGAGGGCGUUUUGGCCUGGUGACAUUACCAGGCAGUAAAUAAGACUUUCAGACCUCUCUGCCAAUAACAGCUCAGACCACUGCUCUUUGCUAAGAAGCUAUUUUUGUUUGUUUUCAAUUAAAAUGGUCAAAAAGAAUCACAGUAAGGUACUUAAUUGUUACCCAGAAGUGAUUUGAUAUUGAGAUAAAAAUGGCUGCAUUGGACCUUUAAGGUUAGGAUUGGGGGAGGAGAAGCUGAUCCCAGAUCUGUACCUAGGGGAAGACUUGGCCCCGAAACAUUUAAUAAUUGUUUCAAUUGGGCAAUUUUGGGAAACAAGUCUACAAAUAUCAGACCUUAGUGCAAGGAACUGAAAAACAAGCUUAUUUUGGUGUUUCUAUCCCUCAUCAUCAUCACAGUUCCAUUCAGUAUUAACCUCCAAAAUGAGCUGCUUCUCUGUACAGUGUCUCCACGUCCGGUCCCUCAAGUUUCAUUUUGUAACGAUUGAUGCUCAAUGAAUGUUUUCUUUGCCAAAUAGGUACGAUUUUAACUGCUGAAAAACAGCACAAUGUUUUGACGAGUGCACAAUGUGAACGCUUGUUAAUAGGAUGCGGUCUGGUACACCCUUGCCCCCUAACCCAUUUUAGACAGCAUCCCCCCACUCCCCCCUCUUAAAAAAAAAAAAAAAAAGAAAAGAAAGUUGACUCCCCCCUCACCAAUUGAAAUAACAGUGCCUAUACAGCCCUUAUAAAUUAACAUGCUUUGACCUUUUCUGGCUUCAUUCCAUUGAUUUGACUUGAGGAUCUCAUCUGUAACACUAGAUCCUUUAUUUGAGAUGAUUCAGGAGAUGUGACGACACUGUUGAUCAGCAAUAGGAAACUAUUUGAUUCUGGGAAGUUCAAACUAUGGAACUCCGCAUUAUCGUCCCCAUGAUGUCUGUAUAUUUAUUGAAUUGAAUAUAUAAAAUGGGUAUACUAAGGCUUGCUUCUGAAGGGGUUAACUUUGUGAAUAGAAAUGAUGACUGUAAUAAAAUGAAACGUGACCUUGGUCAACGGAACCUCCUCACCUGACUGGCCACGCAUCACUGGUCCACUUCAACAUCUAUUCCACAUUGGUUCAAAGUCCUUUCAUUGAAAUGACGUGGAAACAACUUUGAUUCAACCAGUGUGUGUGCCCAGUGGGGGGGCCUCAUUAGAACACUAACGAGAACCAGCAGGUGGCAUUCACAGCUCGACUUAAAACUCGCCCUAAAACACAGAUCUAGGGAUCAUCUUUAGCCUACGCCAAUCCUAACCUGGACCUUAAGAGGUGAAAAGCAAAACUGAUCUGAGAUCAAGUCUUUGAGACCACUACAUUCUGGGUAUGUGCUCAAACCUGUUUUUGACUGACUCAGUCAGCCCAUUUGCAAUAAUGUGCACUCACACAUACCAGUGGCUUGAGUUUGAGCUCCAGAUGCUGUCUGAAAAAUUACCUGGCUGACAGACACACUCCUAACAUUUCCAGGGGCAGGGAGGGGUCGACUCGGGUGACGUCUCAUGCAGUGCUUUGGAAGUCCCACCUCUCCCCUCCCCAUUUUCCCCCUCGGCGGACAAUGACACAGCUGGUUUUUCUAGUGUCAACAGAUGAAGAAAGAGGGCCAGGAAAAAGCCACCAAUCAUUCCUCUAGCUAGCUGUUUUAAGUGUUCUGAAACUAUGCGCUCAUGGGACUGUUUCCCCCAACACACCCAGCCCUGGGUCUUGUUCAUUAGGCACCAAACAGACUGAAACAGGAAGUCCCUACCUGGAGUUGGUCCAAUACAUAAAAAAUAAAAAAAAAUCUAAAAUAAAAAAACGCUUUAAAGCUGUUUGCUAGUGUGCCCCAAUGAAUAGGACCCUGGGCUAGGCUACCUGCCAACUGCAACUACUGCUGCCUGCCCUGUUCUGUACCAGACUGACCACUGAUGGCAGGGUAAAACAAACCGUUGAAGGCCAGACAUGGAAUUAAAAUCUCAACGUUAGUUUAAAGCGUG